AUGGAAAACAUGGAAAGUAACACCCCUCCCCAGACGCAACCCAUUCCUCCAGACCAAACGCCUUCUUCCGCAAGUAAAUUGUUGAACUACAUUUUGACACAGUACUCCACACGACCGCCUGGAUCAGUUAAUGAAUCGCUGACCAUCGCGCAACUUCGUGGAGAGUUCCAGAAAGUUUGUGACACCGUUGAGGAGGAGCAAUACAAGUACCCGUCUUACUUGACGCCAUUCAAAUGGUAUUUCGUGAGUAUUUAUUUCAUUGGUUUAAUGGUGUCAGGUAUAUUUACACCACUUGGGAUGAUGAUAAUAGCUUUGCUAGGGGUGUUAAUAUAUUGGGUGAUCUAUGACAUUCAAUUCAAUUUCAUCGACAGAAUCCUUCCAGGCACGUCCACACUCAAUUUAUUCUCAAUGAUCAACUGCACUGACCUUGAGCACACUGCUACUGAAAAAACUCUCCUUUUUGUCGGACACAUCAAUGAUAUGAGAAAAGACUCCGGUGUGUUGUAUCACUUAACGGCAAAGAUAAUGCACUUCGCUGUAUACUUCUUUGCUCUUGUCGUCUUUGUUGGAUACAUUGUCGGACUAUUUACAAACAACUACAUUGUUCUACCCGCCGUUUCGAUUGCUUCGACGGUUGUCCUUUUCUUUGUGAUGACUUUGUAUUUCACAGGAAAGAAGAACAGAGUGUCUGGCCUUGCGACCGCCGUCUGUCUCACCCAACUUGCGCAACAAGUCAAAGAAAGCAGCGUGUCACUCCUUGACUCAACAAACGUUGGAUUUUUAGUCACAACAAAUUAUAACGAGCGCCAUAGUGGAAUAAGGGCUUUCAUCAGAGCACAUUCCAAAGACGAACGUUUAAAACCAGAGAAGACACUUGUAGUUUGUCUGGAUGAGUUGGACGAUUCCGAGACUUUGACGUGUUACAAGAGAGAAGGGUUUAUCAAAUACUCGACUAAUUUGUACAACUUGAUAAAAGAUGCUGCGGAGUCCGAAGGAAUUUCGAUUGGAAAUGUCGCUAACUACAUUCACCAACCAUUUUCUUUUGCGGAGGAAUUUGGGUGGAAAUAUCAAGGUGUUGUACCCAUCACUGCCAAGUGCAGAUCUGUGAAGAGAAAAGCCCGAGAAGCAAAAGAGAAAGAAGCAAAGGAUGAUGUUGGUGUCAUUUGUAUUCACGACGACCAAAUCAAGUGCAUCAAUGAUACAACAAAAUUGUUGUGGAGAUUAGCGCGUGUCAUAGACAACUCUGCCGAGGGCAGCAAAAUUCCCGUGAAGACAAUACCACUUCCUAAACCAUCUAUCGAGCAGCCGACCAAUUUUGUUGGAGACUCUCCAAUUGUCUUGUGA